ACGUUUUCUGGCGAUUUGGUCUUGUACUGCUCUCCUGAUUUUUUACUUCUGGCGUGUCUGGCUUUCUCACUUGCUUCUGGCGUUCUUGACACUUCGUUGACCGACUGGCUGUUGACCCUGGGCUGAUUUAGAGUCUCCACCCUGGAAGUCCAUGCCUGGGAGAUGCUCCAUGUCUUUAGCUGAUACACAGAGGAUGUGGGGCGGCUGGCAUUUUUAGAACUGAUCUGGGGUCCAUUUACGGUGCUGCUGCUGUCUGAGGGGGGGUCAGCGUCUCCAGUUCCAGGAGCCUGUCCCCCUCAGACAUUUGUCUUCCAGUCCUGUAAGCGCUUGCGCAGCUCCAUCACUAUGAGUCAGGGCAGUGGUCCGAGCGCCCGGCUGGUGGACGACCCUCUGCUCUUGCAAAGCUCAGAGCUCCUCUGCAGUUUGGGAAGUGCACAGCCCGAACGGAUGCGGCUUUCAGACUCUCUGACACCUUCACCAAAGAGCCUUCCACCGUCUCCCAUUCCCCAGACUUCUAUUCCUAUGUCUGCCGGAGACUGGGAGAGUCGCGAGGAGUUACGGCAGCGCGAGCUCGAGGAGGCCAGGGCACGAGCUACUCAGAUGGAGAAGACUAUGCGCUGGUGGUCGGACUGCACCGCCAACUGGAGAGAGAAGUGGAGCAAAGUAAGAGCUGAGCGGAACAAAGCUAGGGAGGAAGGGGUGCAGCUCCGUGGGCGACUGGAAGUCCUGAGCAAAGAGCUGAGUGCGCUAAAAAGAGAGCGUCAGGAGGCCAGCAGUGAAAUGGAGCAGCUCUGCCGGGAGCUUGAGAGACUGCGCGGCAAAGAGACCACAGAGCAGGAGAACGAGGAGCCGGUGCGGGAUGUGGACACCGAGAAACCAGUCACCAUCAAGGAGACAGACCUAGAUGGCAGCCUGCAACCAGAGGUCUUGGAGCAACACAACGGAGGCUCGUCUCGCAGCCCAAGACCCCGGCACUGGGAGGAGCGAGACCUGGCAGAAGAGGAAGCGCCCAAGAUUACGGCCCUGAAGCUGAGACUGGACGAGAGUCAGAAGCUUCUUCUAAAGGAGCGAGAAGACAAGAUGCUUCUAAGUAAGAGGCUGGAGAAGAUGGAGGCCGAGGUCAGCCAGUGGAGGAUGAAAUGUGAGGAGCUGAACAAGUCAAGACAGGAGGCCGUCACCCAGCUCACCCUCCUCAGGGACCGGCACCAGGAUGAGUUGGGUCGGAUCUCAGAAGAUCUGCAGGACGAGCUUGGGGUGCGCUGCAGCAUGGAUAAGAAGCUGGCGGAUCUGCGGGCGGAGAUGGAGGGGCUCCAGGCGGAGAACGCAGAGGAGUGGGGACGGCGCGAGCGACUGGAGACCGAGAAACUCAACCUGGAGCGAGAGAACAAGAAGCUGCGGCUUCAGAUCCAGGACCUGGAGGAGAUUCUGACUCGGAAGAGAAGACAGACUGUCAGUGCCCUGGACUCCGACCUCAAGACCAUACAGGCAGAGCUCUUCGAGAAGAACAAGGAGCUCUCCGACCUGCGGCACAAUCACACCAAGCUGAAGAAGCAGCAUCAUGAAAAGUCUGCAGAGCUCGGCCACGCCGGCCGCCGCCUGGAGCAGCUGGAGGUGGAGGUGAAGAAACUGCGCCUCCGGGUGGAGGAGCUGAAGAAGGAGCUGGGGCAGGCAGAGGACCAGUUGGAUGAGACGCAGAAUCAGACGCGCAAAUUGCAGAGAUCUCUCGAUGAACAAACCGAGCUGAAUGAAAACCUGCAGGUUCAAGUGGAGCAUCUACAGUCCAGGCUACGGCGGCAGCAGAAUCCACCCUUGUUCGGGAAGCUGCGCACUUCACGAUUUGGAAAUGAUGACACCGGGGAGAUCGGAAGUGACCCUGACGAGGAUGAUCUUCAGAUCCAAGUGCCAUAGAAGUGUCUGUCCUAGUCUGAGAGGAUUGAUAUCCAAGAGGAUGAGGAGCGUCGGUCAGUGUCACACUGAAGUGUCCUCCACCUGCACAUUCAUCAUGGUCAUACAUGGAGGACAUCCUGCUCUAUCAGUCCCCGGAUGGAGAGCUGACGGACCUACCACCCUCUAUCUACAGCCCUCUACCUGCCCUGCCAGUCAGUGCACCCUACCCACGAUGCACCCAGUCACUGGCGUAAUAUAGGUGUACGCAGCAGCACUGCACUCUUCACCUCGUUGUCCUCCCAUGCCUGGGAUUGACCAUAUGACCAGUAUAUAAUGGACUUCAGGUAUAUAACUGCUAUUUAAGGGACUAUAUACAGGUAUUCAAUAGAACUAUAAUGGACUUCAUACCCCGACAGGUAAAGAAAACAUAAUGGCCCAAUGGUAUUCCAAGCAGUGAAUCAAACGUACAGCGUAGUAUGGACUCUCUAAUCUAGAAGGUCCAUAAUGGACCAUAGACCUCUGACCAGUAUAUCAUGGAGUAUAGAGAGAGAUGCCACUGUCCUCUAAUAACAUAUAUUACAUAGAGGCUGCAGGGAGAGGAGUCUACAUACUGCUGGGAGGUGAGGAGAUCUCCCUGUCCUCUAAUAUAUAGUACAUAGAGGCUGCAGGGAGAGGAGACUACAGACUGCUGGGAGGUGAGGAGAUCUCUCUGUCCUCUAAUAUAUAUUACAUAGAGGCUGCAGGGAGAGGAGACUACAGACUGCUGGGAGGUGAGGAGAUCUCUCUGUCCUCUAAUAUAUAUUACAUAGAGGCUGCAGGGAGAGGAGACUACAGAGUCCAGACUGCUGGGAGGUGAGGAGAUGUCUCUGU